CCUUUAGGUUUUCCUGUACAUCCUGCUCGGGAAGAUAGCGGGCAAUCGGUCGUCAAAACAAUCCUAUCAUUUGGAGAAUUUAUGUAAAAUCAAAUAUAUAAUCACUAGGCUACGGGAAUUCAUAUUAUUUAAAACAACCGACUCAAAGAAAAGACAAUGAUCCGCUUCAUCCUGAUUCAGAACCGAGCAGGGAAGACCCGACUGGCCAAGUGGUACAUGCAGUUUGAUGACGAUGAGAAACAGAAGCUGAUUGAGGAGGUGCACGCUGUGGUGACUGUCCGUGAUGCCAAGCACACCAACUUUGUGGAGUUCAGGAACUUCAAGAUCAUCUAUAGGCGCUAUGCUGGUCUGUACUUCUGUAUCUGUGUGGAUGUAACAGACAACAACCUGGCAUACCUGGAGGGCAUUCACAACUUUGUGGAGGUGUUGAAUGAGUAUUUCCACAACGUGUGUGAGUUGGACCUGGUGUUCAACUUCUACAAGGUGUACACGGUGGUGGACGAGAUGUUCCUGGCGGGGGAGAUCAGAGAGACGAGCCAGACCAAGGUCCUCAAGCAGCUGCUAAUGCUGCAGUCCCUAGAGUAGCCAACAGAGCAGUCCAUCACCCCCCCCUCCCUCCCUCCUCUGGAAUGGACCCCUCUCAUUCACCAGCCUCCAUGGAGCAGGCUCCACCCCUUACAGAAACCAGGGGUUUAUUCACAAAGGUGCAAGUCACAGAACGUUCAGAUAGAAAUGCAUGGUGUAGAACAGACAUUGUUUUCAGUCAUGCAGAAUUGGGAAUCUAGUCAGCUCUACACAUUACAUUUCUAUUUGCAACAAUGAGAGUUUCAACCUCCUGAUUAUACCCCAUAAAGACUGUUUUAUUUUGGUGAUGAGCUGCAGAUAUGGCCCUUAACAUUUCAUUUCUUAACCACCAGUUCAAGUAAAAUCAUCUGGAUGAGUAUAUUUGCAGCACAGCAUACAGCUGUAUGCAGCACUGAAAAUUAAAUGUUCUCUCUGUGCCCUGUCUCAAACUGGAGGCUGCAUUUAUGGCAGACUAGGGUUGCCAGUUAUUCACAUGUAUCCCACCAUCAAGCUUAUACUAGUGGAGAGAGCGGAUAACAAGGAUGCACUGAUCUGGCAGGCAACCCCAGAGUGGCACUAAAGUAGCUAACAAGCACCAGAAAACCCUUGUAAACUGCCUGUGCUAUCCCUGUCUACUCUGCACCAUACUUCCGUCUGGGAGAAUCACAGUUUAAGCUGCAGAGUGACUAAACCACCGCUACAAAUGCCCAUUGAAUCCAUUGACCUCUGGUGGUGGUUCACAGUUCAAUGUAGUGCACUUUUACUAAGAGUGCUGUUGAGAGGUCUGGUAAUGGCAACCUGUAAAAGGUUGCAUCUACUCUGUGAUAUUAAGGAGAUUCUCUGGUCUUAAAUAACUGUUAAUAUCAUGUCAGGUUGUAUAUCAGACAAUGCGUCUCCACUCCACAUAAGGUGCUUGUUAGUCACACCCAGAUAUGUUCAAAUUUAAAUACACUAAUACUUUAAGUUAAAGGAAACUCAGAAAUAACUGAACAGGAAUCUAUUUAAUGGAAAUAUGCAGUGAUAUAUUUUACGUGAAGCAGUACUGUGAAGUUUGUUUUGUAUGGUGUACAUAUACAGUAUCUUAUGCAUAAUAGUGUGAAACCAUUGUCGUCCAUUCCAGGCCUUUCCCCAGCUUAUCCUGCCUGUCUCGUCGCUGGGUGUUUAAUACACAGAUCUGAAUUGGGGGAAAUUCCAUUAAUAUUCCCUGGUCGCCUCAUUCAUACUACAUAAAUGGGGUUUCUAACGUCAACCAGAGGCCAAAUGAUAUGAAAAACUCCAGAGGCACUUGUCUAGUAGGUCUGUGACAACACCCCUUUGUACCUCUUCUCAUUGUAACCAUGUCCAGUCUUGCACCUCCCAACACAUCACAUGUUACUAUUAUGGUCUGUACAUUUUUGGGGGGAUUUUUUAUUUUAUUUGGCUGUAGUGAGAGAUGUACUGCUCUCCUCUCAGUCCUGUGAGCUUGUUAAUGGAAGAUGUGAGUUUAGGUGUUACUGUCUCCUGUUGCUAAGCUACCCAGUCAGUGUAUAUACAAAAAAAAUCAAGUACUAAAUAAAGUGUUAAAAAUA